GUGUUUUUCCCGAUUCCAUUUGCCUACUUCAACCCUGAGGUAGUGUAUCGUAACAAGCCGAAACCUGAAAAGAUAGAAGUAAGCAAGGACACAGGUAUCUGGGACACGCAGGCGUACGACCUAAUCUGUUUCCGAAACCAAGACUACAAAGACCUUCGAGUUCAUCGCGACUCGUUCCUUCAAGAAGGUCUUUUGGACCAAAAAGACGUCCUUAAAAUAUUCCAAGCGAGCACGCUUCGCAUUUUCCGUGCCACGGAACCAGAGUUGCGAAGAAUUUUCGAAAAGAAAUCGUGUCGCGAGAUUACUGAUCGUGUUGAAAACGAGAAGUGUAUGGACUUUUUAAGAAAACGAAUGGGAACGCGAUCACAGCUUUCGGCCAUUUUACUAGAGAAGGAACCUCAAAUUCACUAA